AUGUGCACGUACGCACCCGAGAAACCCAAGAAGGGGAAGAAGGAAAAAGCUCCCAAACCCACCAAGAAGCCCAAGGAGAGACCCCGGGGCUCCAAGAAGGACAAGGACAAGGACAGGGACAGGGGCAAGGACAAGCCCCCCAAGAAACCCAAGGAAAAGCCCCCCAAAGGCUCCGAAAAAAACCCCAAAGGCUCUGAAAAAAACCCAAAAGGCUCCGAAAAACCCCCAAAAGGCUCCAAAAAGCCCAAGGAGAAGCCACCCAAGGCCACCAAAAAACCCUCUGGCAAGAAGCCACCCCCUGUGUCCCUGUCCCCAGGGGAGCUGGAGGAGCCACCGAGCGAGCCCUGGGGAGAAGGCCGGGAGGACUGGCGCCCCGAACCCGAGCCUGAUGUCCCCGAGGAGCCGGAGCCACCGACACUGGACUACAACGAGCAGCUGGAGCGGGAGGACUACGAGGACUUCGAGUACAUCCGGCGGCAGCAGAGACCCCGAAAGCCCCCGAGCAGGAAGAAACCCGAGAGAGUCUGGCCCCAGCCUGAGGAGCCCCGGAAGCCCAAGAAAGGCGGCAGCAGCAAGGAGGAGGAGGAGGAGGACCCCUGGGCGGAAGAGAAGGGCCGUGACCGCAAAGGAGGGAAGAAGUGGGAGACGGACGAGGAUGAAUGGGCCCCUCCAGAGGAGAAGACAAAAUGUCCCCCCAUCGGCCUGGAGUCCCACCGCAUCGAUGACGACCAGAUCCUGGCCUCCUCCAUGCUGCGCCAUGGCUUGGGUGCCCAGCGCGGGCGCCUCAACAUGCAGGCAGGCACCAACGAGGAUGAUUUCUUUGACGGGGCUUGGUGCGCCGAAGACGACAGCCGGGCACACUGGAUCGAGGUGGACACCCGCCGCACCACCAAGUUCACUGGAGUCAUCACCCAAGGCCGGGACUCCCAAAUCCAUGAGGACUUUGUCACCAGUUUCUAUGUAGGCUUCAGCAAUGACAGCCAGAACUGGGUGAUGUACACCAACGGCUAUGAGGAGAUGAUGUUUUAUGGCAACGUGGACAAGGACACGCCAGUGCUGACCGAGUUCCCUGAGCCCAUGGUGGCCCGUUACAUCCGCAUCUACCCCCAGACGUGGAAUGGCAGCCUCUGCCUGCGCCUGGAGGUCCUGGGAUGCCCCCUCUCCACCAUCAGCAGCUACUACGCCCAGCAGAACGAGGUGACCUCCACCGACAACCUGGAUUUCCGCCACCACACCUACAAGGACAUGAGGCAGGUGAGGACCUCUGUGGGGUGGGCAUCUCCAUGGGGCGAGCCCGAGUUCAGGUACACGGCGGGGCUGCACGGGAACGAGGUGCUGGGCCGGGAGCUGCUGCUCCUGCUCAUGCAGUUCCUGUGCAAGGAGUACCAGGACGGCAACCCCCGGGUGCGGAGCCUGGUGACCGAAACCCGCAUCCACCUCGUGCCCUCCCUCAACCCCGACGGCUACGAGCUGGCCCGUGAGGCGGGCUCAGAGCUGGGCAACUGGGCACUGGGUCACUGGACGGAGGAGGGCUACGACCUCUUUGAGAACUUCCCCGACUUGGCUUCGGCGCUGUGGGCGGCAGAGGAGAGGAGGCUGGUGCCCCACAAGUUCCCCAACCACCACAUCCCCAUCCCGGAGCACUACCUGGCUGAGGAUGCCACGGUGGCGGUGGGGACAGGGGCUGUUAUGGCGUGGAUGGACAAGAACCCCUUUGUGCUGGGAGCCAACCUGCAGGGCGGGGAGAAGCUGGUGUCCUACCCCUUCGACACAGCCCGGCCCGUCAGCGAGACGCCGGCGGCGGGGGACAACUACGAGGACAACCCCGAACUGCAGGAGACACCCGACCACGCCAUCUUCCGCUGGCUCGCCAUCUCCUACGCCUCGGCCCACCUCACCAUGACUGAGACCUUCCGGGGGGGCUGCCACACGCAGGACAUGACCAACGCCAUGGGCAUUGUGCAAGGGGCUAAGUGGCAUCCCCGGGCUGGCAGCAUGAACGACUUCAGCUACCUACACACCAACUGCCUGGAGCUCUCCAUCUACUUGGGCUGUGACAAAUUCCCUCACGAGAGUGAGCUGCAGCAGGAGUGGGAGAACAACAAGGAGUCACUGCUCACCUUCAUGGAGCAGGUCCAUCGGGGCAUCAAAGGUUUGGUGACGGACCAGCAGGGAGAACCCAUCGCCAACGCCACCAUCGUCGUAGGGGGCAUCAACCACAACAUCAAGACAGCCAGCAGUGGGGACUACUGGCGCAUCCUGAACCCGGGUGAGUACCGUGUCUCGGCUCGGGCCGAGGGCUACAACCCCAGCAUCAAGACCUGCAGCGUCUUCUAUGACAUUGGGGCCACCCAGUGCAACUUUGUCCUGUCGCGCUCCAACUGGAAACGCAUCCGGGAGAUCAUGGCCAUGAACGGGAACCGGCCCAUCCGCCGCAUCGUGCCUGGCCGCCCCCUGACACCCAGCACUGCCUACACGCCCUGGAGCCAAGAGCCACCCACAGCCGGCACCUGGGAGAUGGAGACCGAAACAGAGGUGGUGACCGAGCUGGUGACGGAGACGGAGGCCUGGGAGCUGGGCACGGGGACGGCGCAGCCCUUCACCACGGCCGAGACCUACACCGUGAACUUUGGCGACUAG